AUGUCGACCAUGGAUUGCUUGAAGAACAACUUCGUCAAGGGUCAGCUGCUGGACGGCCGAUUCCGAACCUUGGCUCCUCUGAACCAUGGGUCUUUCGGAAUGGUGUUCCUUGCCACUGAUACCAAGACUGGCGAAGAAGUUGCUAUCAAAUGUCUGCUCAAGGGCGCUCAAUCCCAGCAAGACCGGUUUGAAGAGCUUGAGUGCCACCGGCGCUUUGGCUUCCACCCGAACCUGGUCAACCUGAUCCACACCUUUGACACUGAGAAUCACACAUACCUCGUUUUGGAAUACUGUGCCAACGGUGAUCUUUACGAAGCCAUUCGUCUUGACCGUGGUCCCUUGGAGACAGAGCAUGUCCGUGAUUUCAUGUUGCAGCUCGUCAGCGCCGUGGACUUCAUGCAUGCCAAUGGCCUGUACCACCGUGACAUCAAGCCGGAGAAUAUCUUCCUCACACAAGAUGGUUCCAUGAAGCUUGGCGACUUUGGCCUGGCUACCCAGGACUCGUGGUGCCACGAGGCCUGCGUUGGUAGCGACCGCUACAUGGCCCCCGAACAAUACGAUCCCACUUCUACGGGAUACUCUCCUGCCAAGGCUGAUAUCUGGUCGGUGGGUAUCUGUUUGCUGAACAUUCUGUUCGCACGAAACCCAUUCACCACUCCCACCGAGUCCGACAAGAUCUUUGCCGACUAUGUGCUUGACCGUCAAUCCCUGUUUGACAUCUUCCCCAACAUGUCUCAGGACACAUACGAAAUUUUGACUUAUGCUAUGGCCAUUGACCCAUCCAAGCGUUCUCUGCUAGAUGUUCGUGACUGUAUCCUUCGUGCGGUGUCCUUCACAACCGACGACGAGUCUCUUGACGAAUUCUGCACCGAGGAUCGUGAGGUGGUCGCUGCCAGCGCCAACCGCGAGCCUCUCCGCACUCCUUCGCUCCAGAGUCCUCAUGUCAACCAAGGGGAUUCCUUCCCCUGGGCCAAGGCACUUCACUCCAGUCCCCCUCAGGCUAUCCGUCAACUGUCCGCUAUUCCGGAUAACGAGAGUUACACCGAGGAUCUUUUCCCGGCUUCCGAAGCCGCAGGUACAUCUUGGUUCUCAACUCGCAUGGAGACGCCUUCCAUGGCUUCCGUUAUGGACUCUACCCUGAGCGAAUCUUUCCGCUCGCUUCAUCUUCGCAAGCGUGAGGCUCCGUUCCUCCCUCGCUCCGACCCGGUGGCCAUCACUGGAUCGCUUCCCUCACACGCAACCAAGCCCCUUCCGUCUCUGUCGAUGGUCUUUGGUAACAACAAAGGCGCUGACAAGAUCUCCAAGAGCUGGUGCGACAUGUGGGACGAAGAAGAAUCCGAGAACGAAGAUCUCGCUAUGGUCCAACGACGGGAGCAGAACUCUCGUUGCUGGAGUCACGAAAGCCAGGGCAAUGCAGUCAACGGAACGCGCGAGCCGGACUCCGCUUCCACUCAACUCCGCUCUCAACAUGCAGUCGAGACUGACGACUUCGAAAUUCACCACAUGUCUCUCGGCGAGGAAAGUGACUCUAGUACCUCUAGCAGCACCCCUCGCCCCUUGGGCCACUCGCCACCCGAGCCGUCCAGCGCUGAUAAAUGGUCUGUCCUUGGUGAUGUCCGCCGAAAGUACAAGGCCGAGGAUGAGCCUCGCAAGUACAAGACGCGCAAAUCCCGGGAGGUAUUUGGUCCCAAGACCGUUGCUGCCAACGCGCGACGUCAUGAUUGGGGCCGAGGCACCUCGGGAUACCAUCAGACUAAGUCCAAGCCUGUAUCACCCCUGGACGCUCGUCGUCGCCAAUUGCUCGAACAACAAGACUGGCGCAGUCAUGUUCCCACCCCACGCUUCACUCCUACUUACGAUGGAAGCGUAGACGAUGACCUCGAUCUCGUCGGCGGAUGGCACGAGACUCACUUCUAA